AUGGGAAAGAGGAAGGCAAAAACAAAACCACCUCCAAAGAAACGAAUGGAUAAGCUUGACACUGUCUUCAGCUGUCCUUUCUGCAAUCACGGUUCCAGUGUUGAGUGUCGCAUUGAUAUGAAGAACUUGAUAGGGGAAGCUUCUUGUGGUAUAUGUCAGGAGAGCUUUAGCACUACCAUCACAGCUUUAUCUGAGGCAAUAGACAUAUACAGUGAAUGGAUUGACGAAUGUGAACGGGUGAACGCCGUUGAAGAUGAUGGUACUUAG